AUGUGCAUCACGCGCAACAAGCUCUUCACGUGCGGCUGCCGCCAGGGCCCGAAGCGCGAGAUCUGCCGCGCCGCCAUCGCGGCCCGCGCCGUGUGCGAGCCCAUCCCCGAGCGUGCCGAGCGCGUGAGCUACUUCCCGUGCUACGACUGCAUCCGCGCCGACGUGUUCCGCGAGAAGGAGGCUGCGUACAAGGAGGAGGUGCGCGUGCGGGCGGAGGCGGAGCGGGAGCGCGAGAAGGGGUGGGUGAAGGCGGGGGAGAGGGGCGCGAAGGGAACUAAGGGGGGGAGCUGGGGGUAUGGUGGUGGUGGGGGCAGGGGGAAGGGGGAAGGAAGCGGAGGCGGAGGCGGAGGAGGGGGGAUGGGGUUGGGGAUUGAUUUGGGGGGUGGGCCGGAGGUGUGGAAGAGGGGUUAG